AUGUCCGAGAUCUCCGUCUCCGUCUCAUCCGGCCUGACCGAGGACCAGCUCGACCGCCUUGCCGGGCUCGAGCGGCUCGACGCGCUCGACCGCCGCGACCGCCGCGACGCGUGCGCGGCGGCGGAGGCAGCCGCAGUUCGGUUGGGCCGGCUGGACAGGCUGGACUCGUUCGAUGCUGAGGCGCAGGGGCGCGCACUGCUCAAGCGGCUCGUCGACGAGUGCGGCCAGGAGCACCUCGUGUCCGGAUGGCCGCGGGAUCGGGCGGCAUCGGCCGACGAGAGGAGGCUGCAGUCGCAGCUGCUCGCUCUGCACCGCUCCCUCGCCGGUGGCCUGGACGGUUACGUGUGCCGAGCGCGCGAGCUGCUCGAGGCGUCGAGGCUCGGGCGGAACCCGCUCGACGGCUACAGCCCCUCGCUCCCCGUGGGCGAGACGCUGGACUUUGGGCGCGGCGCUUUCCUCAAGUACGAGGAGGAGGGCUUGGCGGCGAUGCGCGGCGCGGCCGGGACCCUGGCAGCAGGCGGUCUCGGGGAGCGACUGGGCGCAUCCGGCAUCAAGCUCGACCUGCCCGCAGAGCUGGCGACCGGGACCUCCUUUCUCGCCCUCUACGCGCAGCACAUCCUCGCCCUCGGCGCCGCUGCUGGCUCAGCCGCUUGCUUGCCGCUCGUCCUCAUGACGUCGGACGACACGCACGCCCGCACGCUGGCGUCGCUCGAGGCGGGCGACUACUUUGGCCUCGACCGGCGGCGCGUCUUCCUCCUCAGGCAGCAGGCGGUGCCUUGCCUCGCAGACGCAGGCGCCGCCCUCGCAGUCGACCCGAGCGACGCGUCUCACGCGUGGACCGCCGCGCCCCGUAGGCACGGCGAGGUGCAUCGGCUGCUUCACAGCUCGGGGCUCGCCGCCAAGCUCCACGGUGACGGGUGCACGCACCUCGUGUUCUUCCAAGACACAAAUGGCGCCGUCUGGGCGCUGCGCCGGCCGCCCUCGUUUUCUGUUCACUCUCGGCUCGUCUUCAACGCGGUGCCCGCCGCCCUCGGCGUGUCCGUCCGGCGCGGCCUAGCGCUCAACUUCGUCUCGGUCCGGCGGCGCGCGGGGGACGCGUCGGGCGCGCUCAUAGAGCUAGUCCGCGAGCGCGGCGGCGGCGACGGCGGCGGCCGCGUGCUCGCCAACGUGGAGUACAACCAGCUCGAGCCGUUGCUGCGCGCCGCCUCGGCCGGCGCGUCGGGCGACGAGCCGGACCCGGCCACGGGAUGGUCGCCCUACCCCGGCAACUGCAACCAGCUCGUCGUCGCGCUCCGUCCGUACGUGGAGGUGCUGGCGGCGAGCGGCGGCGUGGUGCCCGAGUUUGUGAAUCCAAAGUACAGCGACGCGUCCCGCAGCGGCUUCAAGAAGCCGACGCGGCUCGAGUGCAUGAUGCAGGACUUGCCGUGGCUCCUCCACCGCCAUGCGCCUCCGCACGCCGCGCCCGUCUCCUUCACGGCGAUGGACGGCGCUUUCACGUAUGCCCCCGCCAAGAAUUCGCUCCAUGAGGCGCGAAAGAACGCCGCCGCUGGCCGCUCCCCGGCGAGCGCCCCAUCUGCCGGCUCGACCUUCUCUCGCGAGAGACGCGCCAUCCUCCGCCUGGCGGGCGCCGCGCUGCCGCCGCCCGCAGAGGCGACGGUCGCUGGCGUGCAACGGCUGCCGGCGACGCCGUGGGUGGUGCUCACUCCCGCCUUCAAGCCGAGUGUGGGCAUCGCGCUCUCUCGCUUCUCUGGUGGCGCCGCCAUUUCGCUGACCGCCAGUUCUGGCUUGCUGCUGGAUGGCGACAUCACCGUCCAAUCGCUCUCACUCGACGGCGCCCUUCGCAUCUCCGCCGUGCGCGGCGCUCGCGUCACGGUCCGCGCGCUGCGGGUGAGAAACGCCGGUUGGAGAGUGCGAGAGCUGUCGCCCGAGGAGGCCGCGGAUGAGGCGACGCCUGAGGUCCUGCGCUUGCGCGGCUACGCACUCGACGUGCUCGAGGAGAGGGUGUUGCACUUUGGCGUGCCCGGGGAGCACAUUGUCGACGAGGCUUGACCGUCACCACGCCAGCCGUGGGGGCUUGACUGACCGUCGUACUAGAUGCAUGUCUGAUGCAUGUGUGUAUAAACUGCAGCCAGCCGGCAGGGUGUUACUAACCGCGCGCUGCGUCU